AUUAUUUCCCUUUAACCGUCCAGCACAUCAAAUUUGGUAGUACGAUUUUGAUUUUCUUUUUCUUUUCCUCCCUUCCUUCCUCAAAACAAUCACCAAUUCACACACUAACUCCACUUCAUCAUCACAUGGUUCACAUCUCUCUCCCUAUAAAUAUAUAAAGUACACAACCCAAAAAUCACAAACUAUUUAUAAAAAAAAUGUUAACUCUGAAAGGAGGAAGCCGGCCACCAUGGGUAGGUUUAGGAGCAUCAGUUUGGGUUCAAAUUGCAUCGGGAAACACCUUUACUUUUCCUCUUUACUCACACUCUUUGAAAUCUGUUUUGGGUUUCAACCAAAGACAAGUUACUCUCCUUGGUGUUGCUAAUGAUAUUGGAGAAAACGUUGGCUUGCUUCCCGGAAUCGCUUGCAAUAGAUUCCCGCCUUGGCUUAUACUUUCCGUCGGCGCUUUUGCUUCUUUGGUUGGUUAUGGUAUUCUUUGGCUUGCUGUUACCCAAACACUCCCUAAUCUUCCUUACUUACUGCUUUGGUUUGCCCUUGUUAUUGCUUCCAACAGUAGUGCGUGGUUAACCACCUCGGUUCUAGUAACCAACAUGAGAAAUUUCCCUGUUAGUCGAGGCAAAGUGGCGGGAAUCCUGAAAGGUUAUGGAGGGCUUAGUGCUGCGGUUUUCACGCAAAUUUACAGCCUGCUGCUUCAUAACGAUUCUUCUAAGUUCCUCAUGUUGCUGACAAUUGGUAUUCCAGUUGUUUGUUUCAGUAUGAUGUUUCUUGUUAGGCCUUGUACACCGGCUUUGGAUGAAGACUCCACAUCUAGUUCUCAUUUUAUCUUUAUCCAAUGUGCUAGUGUCAUCUUGGGUGUAUAUCUUCUUGCCACCACAAUAUUUGGCAAUCUAAUUCUAUUAAGCGGUACAGUCUCCUAUAUUUUGGUGGCUGUGAUGGUUAUUUUUCUUAUGGCUCCAAUUGCUGUCCCCGUAAAGAUGACAUUGUAUCCUAAAAGAGUUUCAAAUUCAGAAUCUGAGCAACCACUCGGAUCUUCAGACUCUCUCGGUCAAGGAAAAGAUGACAAAAUAGAGCCGCUGCUAGGAUCUUCGUCAACAGGAGCCCUUGGGAGCUCGAACGAUGAUGAUUCAUCUGAGGUAGCUAUGCUUCUUGCGAUAGGUGAGGGAGCAAUAAAACAGAAGAAGAGAAAACCUAAACGUGGGGAAGAUUUUAAAUUUACCGAGGCUAUAGUAAAGGCUGAUUUCUGGCUACUGUUUUUUGUUUAUUUUGUCGGUGUUGGCACCGGGGUUACUGUCCUCAAUAAUCUAGCCCAAAUAGGUAUUGCACAGGGUGAGGAGGAUACUACAACUUUACUGUCAAUUUUCAGCUUUUGCAAUUUCGUUGGUCGGCUUGGUGGAGGAGUUGUUUCAGAGCAUUUUGUCCGUACCAAGUUGCUCCCAAGGACAUUCUGGUUGACAUGCACACAGACAAUCAUGCUAUUGGUAUAUCUUCUAUUUGCAUUUGCGGUAAACGGAAGCCUUUAUCCUGCAGUUGCAUUUCUUGGUGUCUGCUACGGCGUGCAGGUUUCCAUAAUGAUCCCUACAGUUUCUGAGCUUUUCGGCUUGAAGAACUUUGGCGUAUUGGGCAACGUCAUGUCUUUGGGUAAUCCACUUGGGGCAACCAUUUUCUCGGCUCUGCUAGCGGGUUCUAUAUAUGACAAAGAGGCGGCAAAGCAGCAUGGUCUUAACCUUCUUGCUGCUGAAGCUUCCUGCAUUGGCGCAGAUUGCUUUAAGCUGACAUUUUUCAUUCUUUCUGGUGUUUGUGCUGCUGGCAUCUUCUUGAGCGUUAUUCUAACUCUGAGAAUUAGGCCUGUUUACCAAAUGCUUUAUGCUGGAGGCUCUUUCAGAAUUCCUCAACCAUCUCCAAGUACCUAAGAAGGUAGUAUAGUUGAACAAUGAAUAAAAUCAGAACAAUCUUUGAAGUCAGUUAUAUACAUAGUUGAGCAACAACAAUGAGACCGCAUGUUUAGUUUUGUGAAGUUUUGAAAGUAUAUGCUUUCAACUUUACUUGCUUUUGGGAUUGUUUCUGAUGCAUUUGAUUUGGUUUUAUGCUCCCAACACCUUUUAGACAUGAAAAUUUGAACUACUAGUAAUGUUAUUUCUUGUAUUUUUGGGUUGCGGCUGGUAAUCAUACAAAAUUUUCUCCA